GAGGGUGGUGGCUCGGUCAGGUGUGCCCAUGGGCACCAACCCCCUGCCCCUGGAGGCGGCGAGGGUCAGGCUGGCAGGAGCAGGCAGGAGGGCAGCUGCUUGGUUCUGCCCUCCCCCAGGCUGCAUUCCCUGCUCUCAUGGUCUGUGGGGGAAGGAUCCAAGCUGCUGCUGGGCCAGGAGCUCCAUCACCUCUGCUCAACCCAACCCUCCAGCUCUACCUCAGCACUGCUCCCACCAGACCCAGAGCCUCCAGAGCCCACAUCUGGAGAGCAGCAGCUGGGAGGGCUGAGGCUGGAGCAGAGGAGGCUGAAGGGAGAACUUGUGGGGCUCUGCAGCUCCCUGAGAGCAGCCUGGAGCCAGCCCUGGGGGAAAGGUCUGUGCUGAGAGCAGCCUGGAGCCAGCUCUGGGGGAAAGGCUCCUGAGCACAGCUCCAGCCCCCAGCACCCCCCAGCGCCGCCAGCACCAUGGUGCAUUGGACAGCAGAGGAGAAGCAGCUCAUCAGCAGCGUCUGGGCCAAGGUCAACGUGGAGGAAUGUGGUGCUGAGGCCCUGGCCAGGCUGCUGAUUGUCUACCCCUGGACCCAGAGGUUCUUCUCCUCCUUUGGCAACCUCUCCAGCCCCACUGCCAUCCUUGGCAACCCCAAGGUGCGAGCCCAUGGCAAGAAGGUGCUGACCUCCUUCGGGGAGGCCAUCAAGAACCUGGACAACAUCAAGGCCACCUACUCCAAGCUGUCUGAGCUGCACUGUGACAACCUCCACGUGGACCCCGAGAACUUCAGGCUCCUUGGGGACAUCCUGAUCGUUGUCCUGGCUGCCCACUUCACCAAGGAUUUCAGCCCUGCCUGCCAGGCUGCCUGGCAGAAGCUGGCCAGCGUGGUGGCACACGCCCUGGCACGCAAGUACCACUGAGCACCAGAGGAGCUGCUCCUGCUGCACAGCCCCUGGGGGCUCAGGGAGAGCUCCUUCGGGUCCAGCCAAUAAAGGGCUCCCAGCACCA